CUUGGAACAUCUUCUGUAUAUUGAAUCUUAUAAUUGUUUUUUGUUUUGCUCUGUGCUUUUUUGGCAGUUUGUACAGAAUUUUGUUACUAUUACUAGCUUUUGAAAGAAUUCCAUUUUUCCAUUUUAUCUCACUGUUUUACAAUGAGGGCUCUCUUUAUUGGCGAUUCCAUGAUCAAAUACUUGCAUAAGUAUGUAUCUAUUGAAUCACUUGACUUUCAUUUGGACAUUGUUUCCUAUCCUGGUGCAACUAUUGAAAGAUUAGCUAGCAAUAUUUCUGUACACAAAAAUUAUGACUGGGUCUUAGUGCAUGUUGGCACAAAUAAUGCAUCUUUGGAUACUAUUGAAGUAAUACUUAGAAAAUAUAGAGCUUUGGCCUCUGAGGUAUUACUUCAUAACCCAGGUGCAAGAAUAAUUUUCUCGAGUAUUGUUCCAAGAGAUUUUGAUUUCCACAGAAAGGAGUAUAAGUAAUCGGAGUAUUAUUUACAGACACUAAACUAUAAGAUUCGAGCUAUAAACUCUGCACUAAAAGAACUAUGUUAUUUUCAAAUGUAUUUCUUUUGCAGUUCUUACCAGCCAUCUUGGAAAAACUAUCUUGCAAGAGAUGGCUUGCAUUUAAACGGAUGGGGUAAUAAGCUGCUUGCAAGUUGUUUUCUUGAAUCCUUAAUAGGAUGCAUUUCAGCAGAUACAGCAUCUAAAAAGAUUGUAAAGACUCAGUCUUCCAACUCUGGUUUUUCAUUUGAUGAUUCAGAGUUUCCUCUAUUGUCAUCUUUUCCCGCAGCAUUUGUUUCUCCUGCUUGGCCAAAGCAAGAGUCUGCCACGUCAGUUUCUAGGCCCGUUCAACCUGCUAGGCCAAAGCAAGAGUCUGCCAAGCCAGUUUCUAGGCCUAUGCAACCUGCUAGGCCAAAGCAAGAGUCUGCCAGGCCAGUUCCUAGGCCCGUGCAACCUGCUAGGCCAAAGCAAGAGUCUGCCACGUCAGUUUCUAGGCCCGUUCAACCUGCUAGGCCAAAGCAAGAGUCUGCCAGGCCAGUUCCUAGGCCCGUGCAACCUGCUAGGCCAAAGCAAGAGUCUGCCAGGCCAGUUCCUAGGCCCGUGCAACCUGCUAGGCCAAAGCAAGAGUCUGCCAGGCCAGUUCCUAGGCCCGUGCAACCUGCUAGGCCAAAGCAAGAGUCUGCCAAGCCAGUUCCUAGGCCCGUGCAACAGUCAGCUGCUCUGCUGACGAAAGAUAUUUCUUCCCUGCCAUCUUCUAAAGGUAAUACUCAAUUUGUACUGCCUGUGAUCCCAUGCAUUCCAUUCAAUCAGUUCAGUGAAAAUGUUUUUAGUAGUAUUCCCACAUCAAAUAAAUUUUCAGUUUUGGCAACGAAUUGUAAAAUAUUGCAUGGUGGAGGCCCUCAAAAUUGUUCCUAUUCUAAAAACUGUGUUUAUUGUGGGAAAACAUAUUCUACGCGGUCCUCGUUUUCAAAUCACCUGAAGAAAUUUAAAUGCCCUCAACCUGUCAAAGACUGUUAUCCUAAACUAUGUGAAAAAUGUUUGAAGUCCUAUUCCUCUAAAUCUUCUUUUUCAAACCAUUUAAAUCAAUGCAACAAAUCAAAAACUCGUGUUUUCUUAUCCCCAUCUGGAAAAAAUUACAGUAGGGUUUUGGAAACAAAUGCAUGUCUAACAGAAUUGGUGGCAGGACCUGCAAAGGAUCUACAAGCAAGUAGAGAUAUUAAAUUAACAUCUUCAGUUUCAGAUAUUUGUCAAAAAUUUAAAAGUCCUUCGAAAGUUAAAAAUACAUAUCCUAGAAUUUGUAAAUUAUGUUUAAAGUCUUAUUCUUCUAAAUCCUCUUUUAGCUAUCAUUUUAAGCAUCGCUGUAAAUCUGCAGUUCAAACUGUAUCAUGUUUGCCAGUUAAAAGUGACUGUAUUGUAUUGGAUAAUAACUCUCACAAGGAAUCAAUAAUAAACCCCAUUGCAGAUGUGGGAAUAAAUCAAAAUGUACAUAAUUCUCAAUUUAUCAGUAAUAAUUAUGAAAAAUCCCCAAAAAGUUUAAAAUGUGGUAGCAUUAUUCCUGUAAAACCUUUUAAAGGUCAUUAAGAAAC